CACUUGCGCAGCUACCGUCACUUAAGGAGUUGUUUAUUGAAGGCUUAUAUGGGGUGGAAGUUGUGGCUUUUGAGUUAUCUGGGUCUAGUUGUGCGUUUCCUUCACUUGAAGUUAUGAGUUUUGAAGAUAUGCGUGGGUGGAAGAAAUGGUAUGGGGUUGUGUUUCCAUGCUUGCAAAAGCUUAAAAUAAAAGAUUGUCCAAAUUUGGUUGAAGUCACAAUUAAAACGCUACCUUCAUUGAAUGUUCUAGAAAUUGAUGGUUGUCCUUAUUUGGUUAAAUUGUCACUUGAAGCACUGCCUUCGUUGAAUGUUAUGAAAUUAGUCAGAUGUGAUUGUGGUGUGCUAAAAAGUCUGGUUCAAGUAGCUUCGGCCGUCUCCAAGUUGGAAAUACACAAUAUUUCAGGGCUUAAUGAUGUGGUAUGGAGAGGUGUUUUAGAGCAUCUUGGGGUUGUUGAAGAAUUAAGCAUAUUUCGGUGUAAUAAAAUAAGACACUUGUGGGAAUCGAAGGUGGUUGCGAGUAAGGUUCUUGUGAAGUUAUGGAAUUUGUUGGUGGUAGAUUGUCGUAAUUUGGUGAGUUUUGGAGAGAAAGAGGAGGGUGAUAAUUGUACGAGCAACCUUCUAACAUCUCUUAGGAUUUUGAAGGUGGUAGGUUGUGACAAUAUGGAGCGUUGCAAUUGUCCAGAUGGCAUUAAGGAGUUGACUGUCUCUAGUUGUAGGUCAAUUACAACUGUCUCCUUUCCAAAAGGAGGACAUGAGAAGCUCAGGUCACUUGAGAUCAGUGGUUGCACGAAACUAUUGGAAAUGGAGUGGGGAGGACGAAAAAUGAACAAUAACAGAAGCAACACGCUGAAGCUUGAAGAUGUAUGGAUAACUGAAUGGCCAAAUCUGAAAUCAAUCAUUGAACUGAAUUACUUGGUUCACCUCACCACAUUGACAAUAAUUGAUUGUGAACGUCUCGAGUCAUUUCCUGACAAUUUGACAACGUUAAAGAAACUGGAAAUAAGGAUUUGUCCAAGUCUGGAUGUUUCUUUCCCUGGUUGGGUUUGGCCUCCUAGUUUGCGAUCGCUAACAUUGGGGAAGUUGAAGAAUCCCAUCUCGGAGUGGGGCCCACAGAAUUUUCCUACCUCACUUGUGGAACUAGAGUUAUGGGGUGAAGAUGCUCGUAGUUGUAGUGAAUUUUCUCACCUUUUUUCUUCAUCUCUCACUUCUCUUAAAAUACAUGAGUUUAAGAAAUUGGAAUCAUUUUCAAAGGGGCUCCAACACCUCACCUCCCUCCAAACGCUCUCUUUUCUAUUUUGCCCUAACCUGAAGAAAGUGUCCCAUCCCCAACACCUCACCUUCCUCCAACAUCUCGCUUUUAGAGGUUGCCCUAGCAUGAUAGAUCUAGGAGAAAUGUUGUUGCCUUCACUCUUGAGUUUAACAAUCAUCGGUUGCCAAAAACUAAAUGAAAUAUACAGUGAAAGAGGCUGUUCCUGGUCCCUCAUCUCCCAUAUCCCCCGUACCUCGGUUGGCCCUGUGGCUCAAGAAAUAUGGCAAUUGCCUAGGUCCCCCACUAUUUAAUUGCUUUUUUUUCUUGUUGCCACAAUCGAGUGACGAGUAUCGACUAUUGACAAUGUGAAGAAAUCCCUAGUUCACCCCAUCGGUGGUUCCUUUCCUUGUUCCCAUCAUGAAAUCCGAAGGGUCGUCUCAAGUUCCUUUGCAAUCUUUCAUUCCAUGUUCUAAUGUUCUAUCACUCGAUCCAUCUCCAUGCAUGUUCUCUCUUUGUUUCGACCAGAAGCUGUUUGGUGAGAGUGAAUAGAUAGUCGUUUAGUCUAUUUGUGUGACUCGAUAUUUGAAGAGGCGGAGUCCCGGCAAGAUCUCUAUGUCUCACUUUCUUGAGUCUCAGCCCUCAUGAUUUAUCAACCUUCACAGCAGGGAGUGAAGUGAUAUGAUUAGUAGGACAGAUGGCAAUACAGAGAAAUUGAGAUGGGAAAACUAGAUAGUUCAUACACAAGUUCAUUCAUGUCAUAAACAAUAUUCUACGGUUCCUUUUAAACUGCAUAAUUUGUCGGGCCUUACUAACUCUUGAAUCGGUCUUCCUAACUGGGCUCAUUGUGGUGUUAUUCAUAUUUGUUGGGUUUUCGUUCAUAGUGUUAUGUCAUAACAGGGAGUAAAACCUUAGAUUUGCUAGGAAGAUCAUCAUUUCUUUUGAAAGGCAGAGAUUCAUUAAAUACCAAAGAAAUGGAACAACAUCAGACAUUCAAUCAAUCAAUCAAUCUUUGCUGCUUUGAUUGGAAGAUUAUGGUGAUGGAUUCAUUUUGUGGAUACAUGUUAGUGAUUUGUGCAUCAUUGAUGGUAAUUAUGGCAAUUUUUGAGUUUAUAUUUUAUCA